GUUGCUGCCGGGACGCUAUUAAACUUUUCUGAAACGCUCCAGUUAAGUGCCCGACGUCCUGCCAUGCUGGGACUAAUGUAAGACUUUCAUUUUCCUUUUUUUUCUGGAUCGUUGGAACGGUUUUUCUUGCGUCCCCGAGUCAUGGCUCCGUUUGGAAAAAACUUCCUGAAAGCUCGGCUGAAAAACAGGACAAAAGAUGCAGAGCCAGUGGUUGGAAAGGAGAUUCAAGUUACUGUCUGCAAUGAAGAGAAGGUUGUCUGUGGAGUAACAAAGCACACAACGUGUGCAGAUAUGAUUCAGGCAUUACUGGAGGAUCACAAGUCUAUCCCUGAGAGCAAGCGACUCCUUCACGGAGAGCCAAAAGACUUUUGUCUUGUGGAGAGGUGGAGGGGAUUUGAAAGAGCCUUGCCCCCUCUCACCAGAAUCCUGAGACUCUGGUAUGCUUGGGGUGACCAGAGACCCUUUAUACAGUUCGAUCUAGUAAAAACCAGUGAUUUUGUGGCUCAGCCCACCAAAAAGGGGCCAAAGUCUAAAGGGGCCAAGCCAAAGCGGUGGGAGCAUGGUUGCAGUCAGUAUGCCAAGCCUCUACCAGCAGAGAAGCAAAAGCGCAUGGUGAAGAAAGCUUUCCGAAAGCUUGAGAAAAUACACAAGGAGAGCAGGAGCUCCCCGGGCGCUGAAGAGAUCGAUCGGAUGGUGCAGCUUAUCCUCAACCAGGACCACACAAUCAGAGAGCAGAUCCAGCGGAUGAAGGAGCUGGAUUUGGAGAUUGAUCGGUUUGAGCUGGAAGGGCAGAGGGAAACUGAGUCUGAGGGUUCACUGGAUCAGGCUUGUGGUCCAAAUUUGGCAGUACACAGUGACGAGCAGCUGCAGGAGUUGCUGUACACCAGUGAUGGGGUUGCACAGCUGGAGAUGCAGGUUCAGAAGCACCAGGAGCUUAUCCUCAAACUUUCCCAGGAUAUCAACAUUGAGCUACAGAGGGCUAACUGCCAUCUGGACCAAGAUGAGGACAGUGAGCAGAAAGGAGCAGCAGCUGCUUCCUGGUUCCCCUCUGAUACUGAUCAAGCACUCUAUAAUGCUGAACUUGCAAGGCUUCAAGAUGAACUGAAGCACAGCAUAUUCAAUGGAGUAGCACUUCAAAACCAAGUUGCAGAAAUGGACAAGCAGCUUAAGUACUAUGACGGCACACUGGUUGCCAAGGACCAGGAGUGCUGGCAGCUGGCUUCCCAGCUGAACUCACUGCAAAUCAUGGACAGCCUGGAGGAAAAGAAGCCCAUACCUGUCCCUCUGAAAACUGAGGCUCAGUGCAGCGUGUCGCAGACUGUGAAACUCAAACAUAGUCUGUCCCCUCUAGAUGUUACAGACACAGACUCAGACACCGGGAUUAGCUCUACACACAGUCAGGACUCACUGUCACCUUGUCUCGACUUCCCUCCCCCACUGGACACAGACGUUUAAAGAAUCCAGUUAAUCCUGCAAUUUACUGUUUCACAGGCCCAAGUUGUGCUUCUCACAUCAUUAUCUCUUUGCUUGUGUUGGGUUAUUUUAUUAUCAGAUAUAUUUAUUGUAUUUUUUUUUUUAAGAAAAAUAGCUAGAUGAUCACUGAAAGUUAUUUGUUGUACAGAAGCACAAUUUUUUUAACCUACUUUGGACAAUUCUGAAGACAAACUCAAUUCAACAUCCAGGUGCUGUUAAAUUAUAUCUGGGUGUCUGAAAGGUCAAUAGAUGCACAACUUUGAGGGCAAAACUAAAUAAUAUAUGCAAGACACAAACAGGCAAACUACAAAUAUGGCAAGAUGGUGGAUCACUGAAGCACUGUCUGAAAAUGGAAAAUGACAACAAGCAGGAAACAAGUUGUAACCAUUCAGGAAGAAGAUAAACAAUCACCAUUAAAACCUCUGCUUGAAUUUUGGCAAUUAAAUCUUGCUGGUCAGCCAUGGCUGUAAUCAGUCACCUGUAACUUGCAGCAUCACGUGGUUAUUAUUAGUAGUGCCCAAAUGCAUUGCAUGUUGCAAAUGUUACAUACACGUUGAUGUAAAGUGAUUGUAGCGGUUUUUAUUCAACAUUUUAUAUGUUUUGUUUUUUUUUUUGUUUGUUUUUCACCUACUAAUCACCUUUAAAAGUGCCUUACUUGUCAUGCAACCUGAGCUGAAACAACAUUUUGACCGGAGCCUACUCCAACUGUACUUUUGUGUGAAUUGUAGUUGAAUAGACAACUUGUCAACUUGUUAAGCCUUAAAGUCAAAUAACUUUUUAAACAUUAAUAACAGGCACUAUACCUUAGCACUGUAAAGCCUCUUUGUUCUCUUUGCCACAAGACCACACACAUGCAGCAUAUCUAAAAAUAACAAAGAUGAUAAACUUCCUCUUGCAUUAUGGUAUCAUUUCCUUUUACCUCAUUGGAUAGUACUCCUGAAGUCCACCAUCCGGUCUACAUCCAGUUCCUCCUACUGGGUGCUGGAAAUAAGGUGCCUGGGACCAACAAGUCCUACCCUCUACUCUGACCCUUCCACCCUUGGUUUACAUCAUCCCUCAUUUGAAUCCUUGUUCAAGUCUUGCCCUUUAUUUCAUGCUUUUACACAUUCUGCUGUUUUUUUUAAUGUGUACAUUUUAACUUUAACCAGCAUAUGCAAAAUUUUAUUGUAUUCUUUAUGUGUGUGUUGUUUCACACUGUUUUCUCUCCACUGAUGUUUAAUACUAAAAGAAAGAAAAAGGAAAAAAAUCAUUGUUGGUUUCAGUUCAGCAGACAGGUCUUAGUAGCAAAUUGUACUUUUUUGCGAGCUCAACCAAAUUUUAUUUCUGCCUCUGAAAUAAAUGUGUCUACAUUGAAAAUGGGUGUUUAUGCUAGCCAUAUUUCUCAUUUUCAAAUAUAAAGUAGUUUUUAAAACUCAAAGAACAAUUUCCUUUUAUGUACAAGAUUUUAUCUAAGAGAAAAAUGGCUUUUCCCCUUAUCCCAGUCCCAUGAGUUAAAGGUGAAUGUAUACUUUUUGCCCUUCCUUAAAGUUCUCAAACUGAUUGUGAAGCUGCACUUACAUUUCAUAAUAAUGUUUUAUAUUAAAACAAAUACAUAAACAAAUUGGAUGUAAAAUUAGUUAAAACCGACCUAUUUGUGAAGCCUUCUUCUUGAUCAUGCUGUAUGUAUGCUAUAUGCACUGUAAAUAAGAUGUGCACAACUUUUAAAAACAAUUUGAUAAAAGUGUUUGGACAAAAGCUAAUAUUUAUUUAUCACACAUUUCUAUUUCGCUGAUGAUAUUUUACUAAGACUAUUUCAGAAGCAUAAAUCUACUGAAUCAAAGUCGCUAGCAAAAACAUCACUGUACCCCAUGCUAACUUUCAUAAUAAAGACUAAUACUGUCAGAAAUUAAAACAAAACAUUGUUACAGUUUGUUGGUGUCAUUCCUUCCUUGUUUGAGACAAUGAUAGUAUAAAAAGUUCAAAUGGGAAAAAGGAGCAUUAGUUUAUCAGAAACAAGGGUGAAAUUUAUGGAUUCUACAAAGCGCUGAGUCACCAGCAAGAAAUGACAAGUCUACCUACGAGCCCCCAUCAGUCCCUGCACCAUAUAAUCACACGUGAUGGUCUCCAGGAAAGCACAAACAACAGCAAACGCACUCCUCAUGUCAAGGUACCACGGACAGACUAACACUUUGUACUCC